AUGCUUCGGUGCAUCGGGAAAAAAACUGUAAAACCAGCCGGUAGACUGGCCAAUGAUGUUGUCUGCGACGCCGAUGAGGCGAAGGAGGAGAAUCAAGCCCGGCGAUCUGCCACCUUAUCGCCGCGACAUCGAGCCCUCUCGGAGGGUCCAGCUCUGAAUGGGUCGAGUACGAAGGCUUCUGCUGUCGACCUCGACGAUGACGACGACCUCCCGGCGCCACGAAGACCCAUCCACAGCCAAAAGUCGGCUACACUGUCCGGCGGCACCAUCCCUCCACGAGGAGAGGACUAUCCUGACCACAGCCGUAGUGGCCAGUUGGGAGCUGGCAAUAAUCCGGUUACUGCAUUUUGGCGCCAGAGCAGGGCUCGCGCAGCCUCCCUGACGCGUCGGAUAAAGUCGUUCUCCGCGUCUCGGAGUCAAUCGACGUCGAGACGGGCCUCCAGAGACGUGACGCCGCACAAUGAACCCGAACCCGAGUCCGAAUCCGAGGAGACGCCAACGCCGACGCAGAAUAAGAGUCGACCAGAAUUGCUGCAGCUGUUCAACGGUCACCCGUCGACGUCCGCAGGAGCUGAGAAAUCCGUCGCUAACGACCUCACCCUCGGCUCCUCGUUCAGUCAGACAAAUGGGACGUUGGUCGAUAUAGACGCCACCCCGACUGCGGACUCGGAGGCCGGAAAUCAGCAACGCUUUUUCUUGGAGUCCACUCGAGAAAGUCAGCCUCGAACAGUCGUAAAUACCGAUUUUCCAGGCUGGAACAAGGCAGCGCCCACGGUAGAUACAGACAGCUUGUCCUCGCUGUCGACCCAACCGAUCGGUAGGAAAGACACUAACAUCUCGACUCCUGGCGACGGUACAGGCUCACCCUCUGGGCUAAAAGUCCCCGGUGACAUGGUUUCCAGGACGCCGAACGACCCAAGAAACGCCACAACGCCCUCGCCACCGCCAGACGAGGCUGAUGCAAUGCCGCAGGGCAGUGAAAGUGUUUCAGAACCGGCCCAUCCACAUGCAACAGUUGCUAAGCGGCCGAGAUUCCUGCAGGAGCCGGUGACCUCCAGCGGACAAACCAAUAAAGGCGGAAAUUCACCGAAAUCAGGACAGGUGCGUACAGGACAUACUCUAUUCAGUUUUGUUUGUCACUUUACCAAAUAG